CAGUGUUUACAGGUCGUUUAGCAGACCAUGCGAUAGCUUAAGUCUAGUUUGUGUAGCUGGUUUGUGACAUGGAGAGGUGGAAUGCAAGGAUGCAGGGUCUUUUUUAGACAAUGCUGCAUUGCCAGUGGUGUCACACCUAGAACAACGAAGGAUCCCAGUUUUUCUGAUGGACGCAUGCUGGACAAGGAUAAACCUUUCUGUCAAAGUUUUCCUUUGGAGAUGAUAAGAGUGCAUCCAUGUAAUGGACCUCUUGGUAUGUGGUGUUGAUGUGAGAGGAUUACACGUUAUGUUCCUUGCUGGCUGUUCCACACUGGAGUUCUGCCAUUGAUUCAUGGUUUGGAUUGAGGGAGAAAUUUUACAUUCCAGUCUUCAGGGAUUACCAUAUAUUGCCUGUGUGUGCUGCAACCAUUGCCAACGAAGCAGCUUCUUGUGAAUGGCACUGCCUGCCACUCAGGAAUAGCGGAAGUAUUGAUACGAGAUGUUUCUCGUGUAGGAUGUAGUACUGGAGGAGGGUUAUAGCUGUGGUGUCGAUGUUCGGUAAUAAACUCUCGGGAUUCGACUUCUCGACAAAAAGUUUGCUGGCCCUGUGCUGUGGGUUCAGUCAGAAGUCCCCCACCGAGCCCAAGUCCCAACAAGCCAGGGGAUAUGACAGCAGUUGUGACGAAACUGACUGUAUCACUCAUGGGCUAAAGAAAUCUACCUCCGGCCUGAGUGACCACUCGGCCAGCACAGCUAAAGGGUCAGACGAGAGGAAGAAGAAAGCAGCGGCCAAACGGAGGAAGAAAGAUGAGAACACAGACUCCGUUGUAGUCAAUGGAACUUCCUAUCAGUACGAUGAUGAAUCCUCCAGUGAUAGUGAUGACGAGGUGCUCAAGCGUUACCAGAACACUCUUGCCACACACAGAGGCAGCAUCCGCAGCAGUGUCCGAAGUGGGAAGAGUGCUCGCAGCAGGAAGAGUCACAAGAGCAUCAAGACGGAUGUACCAGCAGACAAACAAAUAGAGGAAGCUGCUUCUCUGGCAGAGAAAGGUCAAGCAGCAGGUGAUGUGAGCCCCCCUGGGAGUGACGAAGAGGAGGAUGACAGUCCACAUGGUGCUGCAGUGGACCUGUCCCCAGAACAACAAGCAUCCGUCAAGUCCACCUCAGUACCAGAUCUAGAUGACCAACACACAUAUGAAAACAAAGCCUUUUUGACAGAACGCUCGGCCUCCCUGUCCGGCAGCGAGCAAGCGUUGUCAGCUACGGACAGAACCAUGUCUAAUGAUGAACACCUGUUUGAUGUCAGUGACCUGCAAGGGGACCCACCACUGAUCUCCAAAUGUGGAAGUUUAGAAGUGAGCUUCAAGUAUGAAGCCAAGCGAGGCAAGAUGAGCGUGACCAUCCAUCAGGCGCGGGAGAUCCCGGCCAAGGACCGUGGUGGCGCCAGCAAUGUCCAAGUACGCAUGAUGCUACUGCCUACCAAGAAACAGAAAUUCAAGACCAAAGUGAAAACAGGAGAAAAUCCCACCUUUGAUGAAAACUUCGCAUUCUCCAAAAUCUUUCCAGAUGAUGUCCAUGGUAUGGGGAUCCGAGUGCGACUCUAUGGACUGGAGCGUAUGCGACGAGAGCGUAUGAUCGGAGAGAGCAUCGUGGGCUUUGCAUCUUUGAACCUGGAUGAGGAGACGACUCACUGGAUGGUGCUGGAGCCGAGGAGCAACCUCAGUGGCAAGGGAGGUUUACAUGGGGACUCUGGUUUUGAUGUGUCCAGCUUGUCCAGGAGUGACAGCGCUUCCUCCACACAGUCUCUCCAACAUGGCGGAAUGCCGGAGCUGCUCAUUGGGCUAGCCUACAAUGGCACGACUGGUCGACUCUCCGUGGAGGUCAUCAAGGGAAGCAACUUCCGCAACAUGGCCAUGAACAGGGCUCCAGACACAUAUGUGAAGCUGACGCUGAUGUCACCCACUGGGCAAGAGCUGCAGCGGUGCAAGACAUCGGUGCGGCGUGGACAGCCCAACCCGCUGUUCAAGGAGACGUUCAUGUUCCAGGUGGCGCUGUUCCAGCUCCCUGAGGUGACACUGAUGGUGUCUGUCUACAACAAGAAGAGCAUGAAGAAGAAGGAGAUGAUAGGAUGGUUCUCCCUAGGCAUGAACUGUAGUGGGGAGGAGGAGGGCUCCCACUGGGUCGACAUGAGGGAGAGUAAAGGCGAGCAAGUGUGUCGGUGGCAUGUGUUGCUGGAGUCAUAGCCAGCCGGCCCACAACAGACUCUAGCCAGCCGGCCCACAACAGACUCUAGCCAGCUGGCCGUACAACAGACUCGCUAGACGGCCCUACAACACCAGCUACAGACACGAGCCAGCCGGCCGCACAACACCAGCUACAGACACGAGCCAGCCGGCCACACAACACCAGCUACAGACACGAGCCAGCCGGCCACACAACACCAGCUACAGACACGAGCCAGCCGGCCACACAACACCAGCUACAGACACGAGCCAGCCGGCCACACAACA